AUGGCGGACGAAGACUACACUGCCACCGUUGGUUUCUUACACCUAGUAAGGGCCAUCAAUAAUAAUCCUGAAGAUGGAACUGGUAUCAAGAACUUGAUUGAUUUUUCCCACAAUGCCAUGGGACCAUUGAUUCCCCAAGUCCUAGUAGAUAAAUUGAUCACCCUUCAGAUAAACUUAUUCGGUGACUAUGCUAAGAAAGCGGACAUUGCACCAAGUAUCGUGUUUUGCGUGGUGUUCUUUGUGAUUGCCAUCUGUCACCUCGUCAUAUUCCUCAUCAACUUCAGCCGGGGCCACUACUUUUACAUUUCAAUAGGGUUGGUCAUCUACUCGAUGAUGAGAAUUGUGGGGUUUGCCUUGAGAGCCGUUUGGGCGGAAGACGUCACUAGAAUCGGCGUGGGCUUGACCAGUGAAAUCUUGUCGAUUGUUCCAUCCAUUAUUAUUGUGUCGUUGAAUUUAAUUCUUGCCCAACGUUUAUUCACCUGGAGACAUCCUGUCGGUGGUACCAGAAUGCUUUUCAACAGUUUUAUGUUUGGUACCUACUUCUUUGUGCUCGUGGUCCUUGCAAUCACGGUUACGGCUGCGUUUGUGCCUUACCUCCACUACUUGAGUAGUCAAGCAUAUGAAUCGUGGAAGAAAGUCAACAUGGCUACAUCAAUCUUGGUUAUUUUGUAUUCGCUCACAUCCAUCUCGUUGAUCGGUUUAUCAUACUGGGCACCAACCAAGAAGGAUGAAAGGUUGUAUACUUAUCAACCCUGGUGGAUUGAUAGCUUCCGUCCAUUUUACUUUGUCAAGCCCGGGGCUGCAGCUGAAGCUGAAGAAACAUUUAUGAAGAGAAACCACAAUCACAGACACGCAGUGAGAGUCAUUGCUGCCACCCAUCACAAUUUCAACAUGGUUGAGGGUUUGACCAACCAAAGAGGUGACUUGAAGCAUAACAAGUCAAUCAUGAUUUUGGUGGUGAGUACAUUGUUCAUCUUCAUUGGUGCUCUUGGAAGAUCCAUCUCAAUCUUCCAAAACCGUCAACAAAAAUACUCCUCGGGAAUUUGUAAUUACGUGGCGAUGUACAUCAUUUGGGGAGCACUUGAGGCAAUUAUCAACAUUUUGUACAUCGUUGGACGUAUCGAUUUGAGAUUCUACAGACCCGAUAUACUUCCUCAAAAGGUCAGAUCGAUCAUUACUGCCGAACAAACGUACUACCCAUCGGAAGAAGAAGAUGAGGAG